UCCCCAUUAACAAUCCACAUCCCCUCCAAUCCCCUCGAAAAGCUUUUCUUCUCCCAACCACAGCUUCAACUCCUUUUGAAGGACAUGUACCACAAGAUACCAACUCGAGACACAAUGAUUCCCAAUGAGACCCACUUGCUAAUUUUGCUCAUAAAUGGUUUGCUUCUGCAAGAACUCGCUCAGAAAGUUUUUCCUUCAUGACUGAGAAUGAGGUGCUCAAGGCCAUCCAUGAAGCAGAGGCUUAAGAGUAGAGGGUGUGAGUACCUGUGUUGCAGUUGCAAGCUCAGUGUUUCCUCAUCGGGGGAGGCUGAUGAGAGCGAUGAUUCGGACCGGAUCGGUACAAUCUCGAGCGUGGCACAUGCCAUGGUUCAAGAGCGACUCGACCAGAUGAUAAGCGAGAGGCAAGAGGCGAGGCGUGCAGAGCAAAGGAGGCGAAGAACGGGAAGGACUGAAUUCAUUUUAAUAGUCGCCGUAGAGAUGGAAUCUUAUGAUCCUAUGCAAGAUUUCAGAGACUCCAUGGUGAAGAUGAUAACAUCAACUGGAAUCGUAGACACGAAAGGUCUUCGGCGACUAUUGGAUUGGUACCUCUCUGUGAAUUGUGAGGAGAGCAGGAGUAUGAUAUUGGAGGCAUUUCAUGAGGUUUGCUUUAACUUGUUUAUUAGGAAGUAAAUGAAAUUGAUGGACUUGUGGAUUGUCCAAAGUGUAGGCUCAUGCCAACAAGCCUACAUUUAAAUCAUAUUUGCAUGUUGAAAUCUUU